AUGAAUAGGAAGUUCUUUCAACUUAGAUAGAUGACCAGGAACCUCGAUGAUACCUUCAAAGAAGAUUUAGACCUCUAUUAAAAAUUAUUGUAAAAAAAAUAUCAGCCAAAUCCAUAAAGAUUGAACAACGAUAAAUAAAUGCUUUAACAAUGGGAUUCCUUCAAAUAAUUUAGAUUAUCCAACAUAAUAGAUACCACUUUGGAUUCUGACAUAUUUAAGAUAUGCAUUUGUGAUUUUUUAAAGAAAAAAAGAGUUAGUAUGGAAUUUUGGAUUAAGGUUGCAUAUGACGUUUUUCAUGAUGAAUCUAAAGGGAAGUAAGUGAGAAUGAAAUUUUGGAGAUCAAUGAGAAAGAAAUCUAGUAGUUUAGAAUUGGACUUAAAAAAUAAGAAAUGGCCUGUUGCAUGGAGAUAUUUAGAGAGAGAACCAUGUUUGAAUUUAGAAAUUCUCAAAUUGUAUGAAUAAUAUAUGCCAAUCCGACCGUUUUUCGCUUAAACAUUAAAUACAAUGACAAAUAUUACUUGCGAUCUAAGGAGAAUGCCAAUGCUAAAGGAAGAGAAAUCUAUCGAAUUUGAUCUAUCAAAAACUACUUGGUUUCCUAAGAUUGAUAUGUGUGGUCCAGCUAUUUUAGAAUAAUUAUCUAGUUCAGAUAACUUUUUCUGCGAAUAAUUAGUUAAAUUUACAACAGAAAUGAAGGCAAUAAUGUUCCCAAUUUUAGAUUUCUUUAGAUUAGACAAGAAAAAAGGAAGAAUAAUUAAUUUGUUUGGUGAAUAACACGAUUUUGUAUUAGAAGUGCUUUAUUCAUUGAAAGCUUUCUGUGGAUAAGCUAUUAACUAUACUCAAGGAUCAUUGAAGAAGAAGAAGAAUUAUAAGUGUACAAACUCAUACAAAAUCAAUGAAAUGCAAUGUAGCAUUAUGUUAACAACUUUAUCAGAAAAUGACUUGAAUUAAGAAGUAAUGAAUGACAUUUAAAAUAAUAUAGAAGGAGGUUAUUCAGCAUUUAUUUAAGAGAAUUAGAUGUAUUAUCACAGUGAAAAGAAUCAAAGAUUAGUUCUUAUAUUCAGCUAAAAAAAACUAUAGUUUGGAAGACUCAAAAAAGGAAUUAAAUUCUAUUAAAUUCCUGAUUAACAAAUUUCUGCAUUGAAAAAUAAAGUAGAUUAUGAAUUUCUAGUUUAUUAUGCUAACAUUUUAUUCAAUAAAUGUAUGAUUGUAUAGUAGAAUUGCAGUUCAAGGAAGCCUUUCUAUUAAGUCAUGAUAUGUAUGUGGACAUAUGUAUUGGCCGUUUAUCUUUCAGGAGAAAUUCCAAAUUUGGAAGGAAUAAACGUUUUUUAAGAUAAUGAAAGGCCGGAUGCCAUAGUAGACAUCUAGAUUGAUUUAGGAUUAAGUUCUCAUGAAUAAACAUAUGAUGAACCCGAAUUUGAUUAAGAUUAAUUUUAAAAAACAAGUUUUGAAUUUACAAAUCAUGUUGGAGGUGUCAGUUUAGAUCCAAGUGAAGAAGAAGACUGUAUGAUAGUAGAUUAAAUAUAGAAAAAAAAGAAAAUAAUCUUAGUAUGA